AGAGCCCCGAGAGUGGAAUGUGUCCAGCAAGCCUUCCGACAGAGGGCUCGAAGCGCGUUACUUGCGAAAACAGAGGAGAGAGGGCGCUUCUAGUCCUACCAGUUCUCCCGCUCUAUCCUGAAGAGCGCAUCCGCGAAACAAGCAAAAGAAAAGAUAGACAGAACGAGGCAAAAAAGAAGAGUGUGGGCGACGGAGAGAGCGGGGAGCGAGCGAGUUGGCGGCGAGGUUCACUACGGGGUGAGGUACCUCGAGGAGCGGCGGUGUAGCAACUUCGAUGCCCGGCGGCGGCAGCGUCGACGGCAACGUCUGACCGCACUAGCAGGCUAAAGCAGCAGCGGUGGUGAAUACCUUUUCCAGUGCUCCGGUCGCCGCCACGACGCGUGCUCACUGCCCGCUUUCACGUGUCUGAGCUCUUCAGCAGCAGAGGCGUUGCGCCGGCCUGCCGCCAACUAUCAUCAUCGUCGGGUACAUCGGGACCUGCCUCCCGUCGUUGGUCGUGCGUCGUCUGCACGGGGAAGAGUCAGCUGUGUUUGUACGCGCCGGGUGCCAGCCCAAGGGGACGGCGACCAUGCGGUCUGUCGCCGGCGUGUGCGUGGACGCGCUGCCGGAUAAGUGCCGUGUAGUACUCGACGCCUGAGAAGCCGUCGUGGUGCCGUGGAUUUCCAGCGGCGGCAGUGGUGGCGUCGGCGGCGACGCGAUGUUGUCGCGGCCGGUCGGCAUGUCGCUGACCGCACUCCUUUUCGUCUGCUUCGUGGCGUGCUGCUGUUGGCCCGGUCCGGCGGCGGUCGCCGAGCAGCGUCUGCUGUCAGGUUCCUCCCUGCCGCGAACAAGGCCCGUGUUCCCCGAGCCUCUGGACUACCCGCGGCCGUCCGUGUCCAGGACGAGGCGGCACGGUCUUCCCGCAACCAGCCGCUGGCAACAUGCUGCCUCCACAUUAUCCUCCUCCUCCGCCACUGCCUCUACUAGUUCCUCUCAACCUUUCUCCUCACCAUCGUCAUCGUCAUCAUCUUCGCGUCCGGCGACGGCGUCGUCGUACACGUCCUCGAACCGGUGGCGGCGCUCCUCCUGGCCGUCGGCCGGGUCUUCGCGGAGGUCGCGCGGUGGGCGUCGCCUCCGCAACGAAGAUGGCCCCGUGUUGUGGCGCGUCGAACCGGGGCUCACGCUGCGCCUGUGGAGGGACUCGAGUCACGUGGCCCCGCAGCUGCUGGCGCUCCGGUACCGGGAUGCCCCCGGUGGGCAGGACGCGCGAGACCUGGUGCCGCUCCAAGACGGCGACGCCGAGAACGAGGCCGAUGGUGCGGAUGACUUGCGCAACUGCUUCUACUCGGGCGAAGUGGUCGGCGAGCCCGGCUCCAAGGCGGUCGUCUCCCUCUGCCACGGAAUGACUGGCUACAUCUAUUCUCCUUCGAGGGGCAUGUUCACCGUCGAGCCCAUCGGCGGCGGCGAGGACCAGGACCAGCGAGGCGCUCACGUGCUCAGGCACCACCGAGGAGGCCAAUCAGCGACCAGCAACAGCACACAGGACCACUCCUCUGACGAGGAUGGCGAACCGUCGAACUCGUGGAGCGGUCACCACCGGCCACAGCAGGGCAGCGCCAGCCACCGUCGCCGGCGUCGCAAGCGCUCUUACUCGCUCGAGCAGCACGUCGAGGUGCUCGUGGCGGCCGACAGCAAGAUGGCGCGCUACCACGGCAAGAACCUCAAGCACUACAUACUCACGCUCAUGGCUGCGGUAGCACACAUUUACAAGGACCCGAGCAUCGGAAACCUGCUCAACAUCGCCGUCGUCAAGCUGCUCAUCAUGGAGGAGGACGAGGACAACGACAUCAUCUCCCCGAGCGCGUCCAACACGCUGAAGAACUUCUGCCGCUGGCAGCAGCAGCACAACCACCCGGACGACAGCCACCCGUACCACCACGACACGGCCAUACUGCUCACCAGAGAAGACUUAUGCAGACUGCCCAAGACAUGUGACACGCUUGGGCUGGCUCAGUCUGGCAUGAUCUGCGACCCGCAUGGGAGCUGCGCCGUUGUCGAAGAUAACGGUCUCAGCGCAGCGUUCACCAUCGCCCACGAGUUGGGACACGUCCUGAACAUUCCCCACGACGACGACCAGAAGUGCGCCAAGUACCGGCUGGCCAGUCAACCGCUGCACGUGAUGGCUCGUAUGCUGGACUACAACAGCCACCCGUGGUCCUGGUCCGCCUGUAGCCGACACUACGUCACCAACUUCCUCGAUGCAGGCUACGGGCAGUGCCUGCGCGACUCCCCCGGCGAGAACCUGCUGGUGGCGCCCCCUUCGUCGAGCAACCGCCCCUCGCCGAGCAGCAAGCAGGCCGGCGAGCUGUUCAACAUGGACGAGCAGUGCGAGCUGGUGUUCGGCCGGGGCGCCAAGGUGUGCCCCUACAUGCCCGUCUGCAAGCGGCUGUGGUGCACCGUGCACGGCCAUCCUCACGGGGGCUGCCGCACCCAGCACAUGCCCUGGGCCGACGGCACCUCGUGCGGCAAGAACCACUGGUGCCAGCAGGGUCAGUGCGUGGCCCGCCCACCGGACGCCGAGCGGCGCAAGAAGAUCGACGGCGAGUGGGGACCCUGGCAGGAGUACGAGCGCUGCUCCAGGACCUGCGGAGGCGGCAUCCAGAGCACGCGCCGCGAGUGCAACAGCCCCACCCCAGCGUUCGGAGGCCGCUACUGUACCGGAGAAAGGGUCAAGUACCGCUCGUGCAACACUCAGCCCUGCCCUCUCGGUUCCAUGGACUUUCGAGAGCAACAGUGUUCGGCGUUCAACGGCAAGACGUUCAACUUUCCCGACGUCCCUUACAACCCCAAGUGGACGGCCCAUCAUUCCGGAAUCUCCCACGUGGACUCGUGCAAGCUGUACUGCCGGGUGGUCGACCAAUCCGCCUAUUAUUUGCUCAAGGAGAAGGUCAUAGACGGCACUGCUUGCAACCCGGAGUCUUUUGACGUCUGCAUCAAUGGCGUCUGCAAGCCUGCCGGCUGCGACCACCAGCUGAACUCGACGGCCACGACAGACAUGUGUGGCGUGUGCGGGGGCGACAACGCCACCUGCCGGACCAUCAACGGACACUUCAACCUCGCCCAGUUCGGCUACAACUUCGUCACAGUGAUUCCUGCCGGAGCCAGCUACGUAGAAAUUCACCAGUUCGGAUUUGAGAAGGACGACAACUACCUCGCGCUGAAGAGCGCCGAGGACGAGUUCCUGCUGAACGGCAACUACACGGUGAGCAUGUUCCGCAAGACCCUACGCUACGGCGGCACCGUCAUCGAGUACAGCGGCUCCAACGCCUCCGUCGAGCGCAUCAACGCCACCAAGCCGCUGGGCAAGGAGCUGCACCUCAUGGUUCUGACCGUCGGCAAGGUGGAGUCUCCCGACAUCAGGUUCCAGUACACCAUGUCGAUUCGCGACGAACGCCGCUACUACUGGGAGCUCAGCCCCCACUGGAGCGAGUGCAGCUCUCACUGCCAAGGUCACCGUCACCGCCGAGCCGAGUGCAAGCGUCGGCCGGACUCUGUCGUCGUGGAUGACACCCACUGCGAGCCGAGCACCAAGCCGCAGAUGAUGGCCGAGGCCUGCAACCUGCACUGCACCCUCUGGUGGCGCGUGGGCGAGCCGUCCGAGUGCUCGGCCCAGUGCGGCAAUGGCGUUCGCACCCGCAGCGUGCAGUGCGUGCAGCGCUCCGACGGUGGCCAGGAGUCCGUGGUGCCCGACAGCCGCUGCAAGGCGCGCGAGCCCAAGCCGCCCGAGGUCGAGAAGUGCGGCGAGCCGUGCCGGAACUUCCACUGGGACUACGGCGACUGGCAGCCCUGCAGCAAAACGUGCGGCGGCGGCGAGCAGACUCGCACCUCUGCCUGCGUCAACGAGAACCAAGAGCGUCACCCGGACUCGCAGUGCGAUCUGUCGGCCCGCGCCGUCAAGCGACCCUGCAACCAAGGGGACUGCCCGCGAUGGGAGCUGGGACACUGGACAGAGUGCUCCGUGACGUGCGGUUCGGGCCACCGGCAGCGCCCUCUGUGGUGCCACCACGGAGACCGCGUGGUGGCGCCGAGCUUCUGCCACCCGACGCCGCGGCCGCAGGACAAGGAGCCGUGCGAGAUGCCGCCCUGCGAGGCGCCCGCCAGAUGGCACCUCGGCGAGCAGGGACCCUGUUCCGUGACCUGCGGGGGCGGCGUGACGUAUCGGAACGUGACGUGCCGGUCGGCGAGCGGCGCGGUCGUCGACGAGGUCCACUGCCACGGAUCUCCGAGGCCUCACGAGGCGACCGAGUGCAACCGGGUCUCGUGUCCGCUGCCGUGGAACUCCUCGCCCACCAGCGCGGACAGGCCCGGCGGCGUGACCUCCGCCGCGUCCGAGCACCCGUCCACGGGUCCGCGGUCCAACUUCGCCGCCUGGAAGUCGGCGCCCUGGUCGCAGUGCUCGGCGACGUGCGGUAGCGGCGUGCGCAAACGCCAGGUCAGCUGCAUCAACGAGGUGACGGGCGCCGUGCUGCCGGACAAGGAGUGCGUCUACGAGAUCCGGCCCAGCGUCGCCGAGGCCUGCGACGCCGGCACCUGCGGCAAGUGGCAGCACGGUGACUGGUCGGCGUGCUCGUCCAAAUGCGGCCCGGGCGUGUCCAGCCGGCGCGUGCAGUGCUUCGUGCGCGACAACCUGCGCGAGGUGCUCCCCGACAGCCAGUGCGACGAGGCGGUGCGGCCCAAGCAGGAGCAGCCGUGCGUGGGACCCUGCCUGGGCGGCGGCCUGCCGCCCACGGACGCCACCAACCACCCGUCGGGAAACCACGUCGAAGGUCCCUACCGCUGGAGGUUCGGACAGUGGGGCACGUGCUCCCGCAGCUGCGGCGGCGGCACCCAGCGGCGCCAGGUGGUGUGCGUGGACAACCUGGAGAGCAAGAGCAACGCCUGCAACAAGCUGCUGCGGCCGCCCGAGACGCAGCACUGCAACACCGAGGAGUGCCCCACCUGGUCCGUCAGCGAGUGGACGCCGUGCGACCAGGAGUGCGGCGGCGGCCAGCAGACUCGGCGCGUCGCGUGCCAGGGCGUCAUCGGCUUCGUGGACGCGCACUGCCCGCAGCCCAAGCCGGAGGUCCAGCGCGCCUGCAACCUGCACUCGUGCGCCGCGCCCACGGCGAGCUACCGGUGGCGGCCCGGACCCUGGUCCUCGUGUUCGGUGACGUGUGGCAGCGGCGUGAUGAAGCGAAGCGUCGAGUGUGUCGACAGCUCCCUCCAGGCGGCGCCCUACGCCAACUGCGAGGGCGACCCUCCCGAACACAUCAAAGACUGCACGAUGCGGGAGUGUCCCCGGUGGCAGCUGGCCCCGUGGUCGCAGUGUUCCGCUCCUUGCGGCAACGGGACGCAGAAGCGGGUGGCCCGCUGUAUGCGGCGCGGCGUCGAGGUCAACCACCUCGAGUGCCACGGCAAGCGACCGGAGACCCAGGUCCGAACCUGCAACCUGCGUACCUGCCACUACCGGUGGAAGAAGAAACGGUGGAGCCCCUGCCCGGUGACGUGUGGUGGCGGCCGCCAGACGCGCUUCGUGGUUUGCGUGGACCGGAACGAGCGGCAGGCUCCCGAGCGCUUCUGCUCCACCCAGCGGCGACCAAAGGUGGUGCGCAACUGUGCCGCCCAGCCGUGCCCCUUCGUGUGGAGGACGUCCGACUGGUCCGAGUGCAGCCGCACUUGCGGCGAAGGCUUCCAGAAGCGCUCGGUCACCUGCCACAAGGUGAACGCCUACGGCUGGGUGGACCCGACUCCGCUGACCCACAGCGCCGCAGAGCGGCUGAGCGCCCUGGAGGCUGAGUCGUCGCCGUUCUACCACGGGUCCCAGGAACGGCGCGGACCGCACUACUGCUCGAGCCAGGAGAAGCCGCCCAACUCGCGUGCCUGUAUGGUCGGCCACUGCGGCGAGGGAGUCUUCUGGAGGCCCGGGCCGUGGACGCCGUGCUCGACAAACUGCGGACAGGGCAAACAGAAGCGGCGCCUCCGCUGCUACGACCAGCGGAACAAGCGAGUCAACAACAGCCACUGCAGCAGCGCGCUCAAGAACAGGAUCAAGCGGAAGCGGCGGUGCUUCUUGCGACCAUGCACUCCGGUCAGCUGCGCCGAGGUGCAGCGGCGCGGAGGCGUCCGCGUGGACGGCGAGCAGAAGCUGUACGUCCGCGGCCGCGAGGUGAGCGUGUACUGUGCGCGCAUGAACACCUCCGAGCCCCAGGAGUACCUGUCGCUCGCCAGCGGAGAGAGCAACAACUACUCCGAGGUCUACGGGAAAAGGUUACGAAACCCAGACGAGUGUCCUUACGGCGGUGCACGUGUGGACAAGUGUGACUGCAUCGACGACUAUCCGGCUUCCCUCACCACCUUCUCGAAAGUCUCGUUCAACAUCACCACGCUGCGCAUAGACAGGCGCGACUUCAUCUUCAGCCGAACCCUGCACGGCACCCCAGCCGGCGUCGGGGGUGCGGGCGACUGCUACAGCCGGGCCCAGUGCCCCCAGGGCCGCUUCUCGCUGUCGCUCGCGGGCACCGACUUCACCGUGUCGCCCGUCACCAAGUGGGUCACGCAGGGAAGCCACACCUACCACAGCAUACGGCGCCUGCAGGGGGGCCAGAUCAUUCAGGGCAGGUGCGGUGGCUACUGUGGCGAGUGCUUCCCUGACGAUGCGGUGGGGCUGGUGCUCGACGUCCGUCCCCCUUGACUGAGUUGGAGGAGUUAGAUCUGCCGAUCCUUUCGAAUGACUCAAGACAACAACACCAGAAUGGAAGAGUCGUGGCGGAUGUUUUCAUCAAGUGAAGGGAACGCUGAGUGAUGCAGUGUUCGACGCUGAGUGCAGUAUUUUCUGGCAAGCCUUCUCAAUAGAAUGUGGACUGAGAUGGGAAGGCUGCCAGACCUGGAAGCCAAACCCCCCCACCCCAACCCUCCUUCGCGUCACCUGGUCCGUGUUCGCUGCUUUCUCCGAAGCGCCACAAUACACCUCUGUCGCCUUUCACCCACCGUGCUGCUUGCUUGGACUCAUCUGGCUAUCCAGCACCGUGCUACGGCCUACGCACAGAUUUCAAGAUAGAGUGCGGUUAAGGAAUGUCAGACGAGAUUUGCCAUUGACAUCGCGUGGGUGUUGCCCACAGCAAUGGACGACAAGACGCAGCAAGCUGAAAGAAUGCUCUGUCGUUGUGUGUGCUCGACUCAUUGUGGCUCUGUUAGUGUUUGUACCUUUCCUCUAGCUCGUCGCCUACAGUUGGACCACUCUUGCAGUCGUCGUUGUAACUGUGUUUCAUUUUCCAUUAACCUUUUCCCUCCCUUAUCUGACACCCCCAAGAAGUUGUUGUAGGUGUGUUUGUUACUUCUUGUUCGGACCACACCUUGCUUUACUUUUGUUACCCGUGACUUUCUUGCCUAUGUGUGGCGGUUCAAUUGCAUCGAAAAACCCCGGUGGACGUGAAGCCCUUAUUGUGUGUUGCCACAAGAAGAUGCUCGCUUGCGCACCGAAGCACACGGACUACAUAAAAAAAGUGUGCGAGUGCAAAGGCUCACUUGACGCAACGUGCCCUCGACGAACUGUGCUUCGGCGAAACGAACCUUGACGAAUCGUCGCUCGGCUACGCACUCAUUGCAAAAUGUGACGCUGUCAUCAUUAUUUAUUGCUUAUACAGGAGGAGUGCCAAGUUUGAAGAAGAGCCAAGGAAUUGUAUACGACACACUUAGGCAAGCCCCAGCUGGUAUAUUGCUCUCGGUGGUGCUAUGUUUGCGGUGGCUCUACUUACGGAGGGAAAUCCCGACGUUGCGCGAGUUGACACACAAUACAAUUGACUUUUGACAACGUAACUUUUACGCACCAUAACUCAGUAAAAAUGGUAGAAGUCGGAGAAGCGAAAAUUACAUGCCAUAAGUAGGGAAAAAACGACAUGUCAAGCCAAAAAUUGAUGAAAUUAUUUCAUUCGUAAUGUUUUCAGGGAUCAACCUGCCAAUUAAGCAUAUAUCACUGGACAAUGUCCAGUGCUAGCAUGUUGAGCUGGCAUCUUUCACUACACGUGUCGAUACCGUCUGCCUCAAGUGACGGACAAAUUCUCUUUCGUCUGUGUGCUUAUUCAAAGAAGGUAGACCUCUCAGGUGUGGCACUUUGUAGACUGAAUCAUUGCAUGAGUUCGCAGAGAGGCCUUCACAGUCAAGUCACUUGCAGAUGCGGGAGGCUAUAUAUAGUGAAGCGAUUGUUGCGUCCACCGCACAAUAACGUCAUGGCAUACCCAUGCAAUAUCAAAUUCUCCUGUCUGCUUCAGCAACUAUAAAGGGAAUAAUUACGAAAUUUCAUUAAGGCCCUCAGUGCAAAUGCUUAGUUAAGGUCACAAAUAGCAGUGUCCUUGAGAUGAAUUUUCGUAAGGCGAUAAAACACCAAAGACCAUUCACCGUCGAGGACGCUUAAGAAAAGUUGUACGCGCAUUUAUUCUUUGUUCGUCUCAUAAAGUCUUCAGGUGUUGCACCGUAUGCAGAACUUUGCUAAAAAUGCCAUUUUUGUGCGCUGAUAUAUCAACGAUGUGCGAUUUGCAUUCGGUUUAGGGACUGGAACUGUGUUAACCCAUAAAACAUGUGACUAAGGAACUUUUCCAAAACAGUGGAAGUUGUAAUGUUACGUGUCGUCAGAGGUUCAGAGACCGAUAUCAUUGUCAUACUUUAUCUGUAGAACCACGUUAUAGCCAGCUAGUAAGCGAGCUCCGCUGCCUGCGUUCUCAAAGAACCAUUGUUCCACCUGGCUUUUUGUGCUGUAUAGACACGCUAGCUCUGCUUGCUGGUGCCCCAUAUUUAAAGAUAAUUUUAAUUUUGUUAAGACUUGCUUUCCUUUUACCGCUGGACGCCUGCAUUAUGCAUCACUGCAUGCGUCUCCUGUUUAUUACGUGGAGCAACUUCUGGAUUUCCGUCCUAAUCACUGUUGUAGAGCGACGACUGCAAACAGCACCACAUUUUUUAGUUAGCACGGGGCCCUACUGCCAUGCUCUAUCACAGUGACCACUAUUGGCCAGAUUUGUAUACCAAUUGAAGCUUGCGCGUCUACUUAGAGUGCGGUUGGAGCCGUAGAAGUUGUCUUUGUUUUACGAGUGUGUGCAUGUGCGUGUUUAAUACUGUUGUGCCGCAGAAAAAUUGAAGCACGUGACAGUUGCUGCUUAUCACCAGUGUUCAGGCCACCUACCUCAAAGAGAGCAUAAAGAUCGCCGUGACACAUUGGCUGAAUGGAAGCUUUUUCGGUUGGUAGCUUUCGUUUAACCUACACUACGUAGACAGCCCUGUUGUAUUUUUGGAAGGGGUGAAUACAUGGCUUCGAAAAAAAUUUUACGCUGUAACUGUGUUCUCACUCAUUUAUGCAGCAUGCUGUGUCAGUGUGAGCUUGUGUGGACCUCGCACCAUGCAAGUUGUUUGUCGAGGUGCUUAAAUUUCUGUAUUUAUCAAUCCUGUUGCCAAUAAGUGUUUUGCAUUUCACUAAAGCUUUGCUACCAUUGUUCGUGCAUUGCUUAUAUAGGGGGCCAAAGUGAGAAUUUUUUCGUUUGCCGUUCAUAGGUAAUGAAAUGCGAUGACAUACAUAUUAAGAACAUGCCCUUUUGAUCAUGUUGCUGCGGUCUUCGCUUGGUAAAGGUUGUUUCCACAUUAUACCUGAAGUUGUAGGGGUGCUUCGAGCAGAAUAAGUUUCAUGAUGGUGUAUGCGCAGCUGUUUGUCUAAAGAUGCCAAGAAAGAGCUAUUGUGAUAACAUUGUUGCAUCACUUCAUUUAAUAUCGGAUUCUAAAGAAAUAUUGUACUAUUAUUGCUGAUGGGAUGUGUUCAAAACAGGUGACUGCCUUUGCAGAUGUGUAGAUUUAACGCAACUUUUAUUAAUGCUGGGACAUAGAUUGAGAAAUACAAACUAUAAUGCAAGGUAAGAUAGUACAGUGUGUACAUGAUUCCUUUUCAAGUUUUGUGCUUAGCACUUUAAGAAAACUGUGCAUCAUGCAAUACUAUUAUUACUUGGUAUGUUUGGCAGCUAGGGUAUCAAAAUGAAGAUGCAGCAUUCCAUGCCUAGUUAUUGCAGAUUCUGUGAAUGUUCAUUAAGGUGCACUCAUUCCUGAAGCAUGUUUGGGAAGCCUUCACGUUAUGGAAGGUCAGCACUGCACAAGUGUCCCUGGAAAGCCUUGGGGCAAUUUCUAAACGCAUCUCACAGUGGACCUAAUUGCCAUCAUGGGCCUUCAGCUCAUCUAUUGACACUGAAGUGUAUCUUUAUGAGCACGCUAGGAAACUGACAAAUCACAUUGCAGAAGCCACAAGUUUGUUUCUGACAUCCUGACAGCAAGAGCUUCAGACCAUAAUAAAACGGCUUUGUCAUUUUAGUGCUACAGUUGUCACCAAAGCUCUGUAGAAUGCCGAAGAAAGUGCUAGGAAGUUGUGCAGUUGAAAUCUGUGUCGUGUGGGGCAUAUCAUUGUGGCACCCUUGGCAGCUGUCACUUUAUUGUACUAAUUCCUUUCUGACAAUAUAUUUCUUUCGCUAUAUCACUUGACCGCACGUCCUAGCUAACAAAUACCUUAUGCAUCUAAGAACUUAAACACUCAGUCGAACGCUUCCUUUUCAUUGUGACUAACAUUUUAUGCAGUCCGCUAGUCACAAAAACAUUUUCUUUUCCUAUCUUGCCUCAUUUAAGUGAACUAUGGCAUGCAAUUCUUAGAACAGGUAAUCAAUGUUAGGAAUUACGUCUGCUCUAAAAAUUUCACGCGCACAUAUUUAGACUGUUUACGUGGCAACUUGCAUUCUUGAUGAACACCCAACUUUUGCAAGCUCUUCAGGUAUGCAAAAUUAGCAUUUGAGAAUAACAUGACUGCUGGAACGUUAACUUGAAACUAUCUCGCUCCCUAGAAGCUGCCAUUCUGGUACACGAAUGCUACUGUUCAGCCUUAGCUAGUGCAUCAUAGCAAAUGUAUAUUACUUAAACGGCAUGCAAUAUGCUUUUGCUUUUUGAUAUUGUCGCUGUUUCAAAAUGGAAAGGGCUGUAAAGUCUAAUCCAAGCAGCACCCGCCGAGACUGGUGCAUAGUGAACAGAAUAGAGGCACGAAUAAGUGUGGCCUACUUUAACCGUCCAGGGUUCAUUGUAGCAGAAUGUUUAUUGGUCAAGUGAGGCAGUUUUGUCAAAAGAUGGUAUGGUUCACCGCACAAUUGAUUGACUGUAGUCUAUGAAAAAGUACGCUCCCGUUCUGUGGGCUUUAGCGAGACCGGGAUAACAUAGAGCGUUGCGCGGUUUCUCUGUGCUUUAUGUACAAUGCAACCUUUAGCGUAUGAUGUUGAUCCACCACUUGUGCUGUAAUCCGCUAAUUUUACUCAGCUUAACUAGAAGUGUCAAACCAGGCGCCUCCAUUCGUGUGGUGGAAGGGGUGGCUUGUUGGCUUCACCGUGCAUCCCACUGCAAAAUGGGUCUUCUGUUGAUAGCAGGGGAAUUGUAUACUGCCUUUAAAACUUUUUAAAAAUUAUUUUGCUCAAUGUUACAUCCGAGUGAAAAGUGGUGUGAGUAGUUCCUGCAGGUAAGCAUAGUAUAGAGCAUGCUUUGUUUCGAGUGCUUGUGUAGGUCUUGCGAAUUGGAAUGAAGCGCUAGCUGCAAAGUUCUUCACUGUGCACUUACUGUGUGAGAAAGUUUUCACCGUACAGGACACAAGGUGCUGCCACCGAUAUCAAUAUAAAUUGCAAAGCUAGACUGUGUAUGAGAGAAGUUACGCUGUCACGUCCUCGACCUCCCCGUCACCCCCACACCUUCCAAUUUCCCAAUUCCCCAACUGUUACAGCUUAUUGUGCCCGGUGUUAUGUGUUAUGUUUUCUCGUGUUGUGUGCGUAGCGAACAUUCACGUGUUUCUAUUAUGGUGAUUACUAUUAUAAUUAUUGUAAUUAUUUUUUUCUGAGGAGAGGAUGCGUUUAGUCCUCUUCCGCACUGCCAUGCGUUUUGGCCGCACUGCCUGUAAAUAAACGAUGCACAUCACCACACUGUA